CGUAUAAAAAUAUCUCAACAAGCACAAUGAGCCAUUUGAAUUUACGUUAUACAUUCGAUAAUAAUGGAGUAUGUAAAACUAUUUGUGACAAUAUUUAUUUUCUACGUUUCAAAUAUUUCCUUUGCUCAGCUCGAAGAUGACAGCUGCUAUGCAGCGAUAUUUACCGAAGGAACCAAAGAUUGUGACGAUUUUCAAAAUGAUAUAUUUAUCUGUUCUUUAAACAUCGAAAUUGCCCCGGAGAAUGAUGAAGGAACUAACAGUAUGCUACUUUAUGGUUUCAUGGAGGUGAAGGAAGACCUUGGCGAGGAAUACGAAGUUCAACUAAAUGUUUGGAAGGAUAUAGGAACCGGCCUGCAGUUUAUGUACAGUAUCGAAGGUAAUCUAUGUGACAGUCUAAAAAGAGAUGACACACCCUGGAAGCCUAUGGUCGAGGCUCUUAAAACGUCUGAUUGCCCCGUUGCAACGGGAGUUUAUCCUGUGAAGAACAUGACGAUGUCUCUGGAUUUUGCCGAGAAUGUUAUGAAUCAUGAAUUUUGCGGCGAUUAUUUGACAAAAAUUAUUAUAAUGACACUUGACAAACAAAUAUCAUGCUAUCAACUUAGUAUCGCAGUUGAGGAAGUACCUUGCGAAUAAAAGUGUUCCGAAUUCAAUGAAUUAUUAUCUAUUAUA